AUGGAUCUCUCUCUUGCAUCGGCACACUCCCAUCUCCAAACCUUGGUUGACCGCUUGGCCGUCUCGCCUGGAAACCCCACUCUCGUAACCGAUGCAAACAAUCUUGGCCCGUUAUUGCAUGAUAUUGUUUCUACCUCCACUUCCGUCAUCCCAGAUGGGCUUUUGCAGUCGCUCGCUUGCUUGGUCUCACUUACUAACCUGCCCCAAGUUUCCACCUCUUUCUGCCAAGUUGUAGUCGCUGCGUGGACAAGAAAACUGCUUUUCCCUAUUUUUGAAUCGGCUGUAUCUACCAACGACAUCUCCAUGCCCUAUGCCCUCCCUAAAUGGUGGCCCUGUCAACUUGAUGCAAGUGGAGAUGGGGUUGCAAACACUAUUGUUCCUGUUGGUAAUGUGAGUUGCAAUGCUCCAAACGUCGCAAAUGCCACUCACUGCAACGGUGCUGCAAACCCACCCAUUGCAUCAGCCUAUGUUCAUUCAUAUUCGUCCUUCUGGGACUUCGUUGUUUGUCUGGGUGAAGAAGCUUCGUUGCAAGCACUCACAGAAUUGGCUCGUCUGGCGGUAGUCGUCUUGAAUGCGAUCGCUGCCAUCUCUCGUCCCAACCCCUUAUCCCAGCCGCAUAUGCCUUACAUGUCUUUAGUAAAUAUCUUGUCGACGAGUGCACCACACCGUGACAUGGUCAUGGUCGUGGUGUUUCAAAUGCCCAAAAUUUACGCCCAACUCCGUGAUGCACCCACAAAGUCUGAUUCCAAAGUUAUAGCCAGAUGUGUGGAUUUAUUGCAGGGCAUGUUUAUCGCUCGGGCGGCAUGGACAACCGUUUCGCUCCACCUAUUGCAAUUAUCGGAAGCUGCUGAGGUGCAAAAAGCCUACACUAAGGAGCAGAUUAAUGCCUUACAGUUGGCAGCAACUUCGCCGUUCCGAUUAAUUGUAGAUAUGUUGAACCAGGGCCGCAGCUUGAAGUUGCAUCGCAAAUCCAUUAUUGUUCCCUGCAUCCAUGUGGUGGCUGCAAAAUUGGAGCAAUGGUCUGGAUCGUCCGGGAACAAGGUAGAAAUGUAUGACGACUUCAAUCGCCAUUGCCAUACCCAGAACCUAAUUGCGGUGUUAUGCGAGUUUGGUUUCUUGGUCUCCCAAAUCAUGCUCUCUUGGAGUGGCCAAGACAUGCUGAUCGUCGCGCCAAUCAACGAGAUCUUUGUUCCAAAAGCGCUUCCUCCUAUUGCCAAACCGGACUACUUUCUGGUUAAUGCCGAGUUUUCUUGUCAAGAUGAAACUGUUGACAUGAUUCAAACUGUCGAUGCCUACGCUGAUUUAAUGCUGGGAGUCACCCUUGUGAUGAAGACCCUACUUAAUGUGAUCGAUGACGAAUUGGCAGCUACAAAGGAGACUGCAGCUCCUCCUGAAAUCGCCAAGAAGUUAAUUAUGAAAGCCAUAGAACAAAUCUAUGGCUUGCUAGUUGCUGCAACUUCCUGCUGUUUGCGAUUUGAGAAACUGGCAUCGCAAGGUGAUUUGCCAUCAACACCGCCUUUGAUUUCUGUUCUUUGUGGUCUUGUUGUUGAAAGAAUCAUUAUCUUCGCAGAAAAGGAGCCAUUUAUUUGGAUCACCUUGUUCAAUUUUGCUAAUGAUGCUUGUUAUGCAGACAUGCGGCUAGUUGAGGUGUUUGAGGAGUUGAUUGAUGGCAUCCUUUCGAAGACAAACAUCACCAGCAACUUAGAAUUGGUAGAAUGUGGAAUUCUGUUGUUUGUGACAACCUUUUCAACUGACGUGAAAGAUCGGCCAGGCAUCUCUAAGUACUCCAAUGCGGAUCCUACCAAUAUGGAGAAUGUGGAGGUGGAUAGUUCAGAGUACAGGUUGAUUUACGCAACCCAACAAAUUAAGAAGAAUACCUCUGAAGGAGAUAAUAUAAGGAAUCUACCAACAACAGCUAGUUCUGUUGCAUCUUCGAGACAAAGGGCUAACAAUAAGUUUGGAAAGUAA